UAAGCAGCUCUAAAACUUUUCGUCUCUUUCUUCUUGAUAAGCUAAAAGCUUUGUGAUAAUAACAAUGGCUGGUAAGGGAGAAGGUCCUGCGAUCGGUAUCGAUCUUGGUACCACCUACUCUUGUGUUGGAGUGUGGCAACACGACCGUGUUGAGAUCAUUGCUAAUGAUCAAGGUAACCGAACCACGCCGUCUUACGUCGCUUUCACCGACACCGAGAGGUUGAUCGGAGAUGCUGCUAAGAACCAGGUCGCCAUGAACCCUGUUAACACUGUCUUCGAUGCAAAGAGGUUGAUUGGUCGUAGAUUCAGUGAUGCAUCUGUCCAAAGCGACAGGAAGUUGUGGCCUUUCACUGUCAUCUCUUCUGGAACUGAGAUCUCUUCCAUGGUUCUCAUUAAGAUGCGUGAGAUUAGUGAAGCUUACCUUGGCACUACUAUCAAGAACGCUGUGGUCACAGUUCCAGCUUACUUCAAUGACUCUCAGCGUCAAGCUACUAAGGAUGCUGGUGUCAUCGCUGGUUUGAAUGUUCUGCGUAUCAUCAACGAGCCCACUGCUGCUGCCAUUGCCUACGGUCUUGACAAGAAGGCCACCAGCGUUGGAGAGAAGAACGUUCUGAUCUUUGAUCUUGGUGGUGGUACUUUUGAUGUCUCUCUUCUUACAAUUGAAGAAGGUAUCUUUGAGGUCAAGGCCACUGCUGGAGACACUCAUCUUGGUGGUGAAGAUUUCGAUAACAGAAUGGUUAACCACUUUGUUCAAGAGUUUAAGAGGAAGAGCAAGCAGGACAUCACUGGCCUCGCAAGACCCCUUAGGAGGCUGAGAACAGCUUGCGAGAGAGCAAAGAGAACUCUUUCUUCCACGGCGCAAACGACCAUCGAGAUUGACUCUCUCUAUGGAGGAGCUGACCUCUUUGCUCCAAUUACCCGUGCUAGAUUCGAAGAGCUUAACAUGGAUCUUUUCAGGAAGUGUAUGGAGCCUGUUGAGAAGUGUCUCCGUGAUGCUAAGAUGGACAAGAGCUCAGUCCAUGAAGUUGUUCUUGUCGGUGGUUCCACCCGUAUCCCCAAAGUUCAACAGCUUCUCCAAGAUUUCUUCAAUGGUAAAGAGCUCUGCAAGUCUAUCAACCCUGACGAGGCUGUUGCAUACGGUGCAGCCGUCCAGGGAGCUAUUCUAAGCGGUGAAGGAAACGAAAAGGUUCAAGACCUUCUCUUGCUUGAUGUCACUCCUCUCUCCCUCGGUCUUGAAACUGCUGGUGGUGUCAUGACCACUUUGAUCCAGAGAAACACAACCAUCCCGACCAAGAAGGAGCAGGUCUUCUCCACUUACUCAGACAAUCAGCCCGGCGUGUUGAUCCAGGUGUUCGAAGGUGAGAGAGCCAGAACCAAGGACAACAACCUUCUCGGUAAAUUCGAGCUCUCCGGAAUCCCUCCGGCUCCUCGUGGUGUCCCUCAGAUCACUGUCUGCUUUGACAUCGAUGCUAAUGGUAUCCUCAACGUAUCUGCUGAGGACAAGACCACCGGACAGAAGAACAAGAUCACCAUCACGAAUGACAAGGGUCGUCUCUCCAAGGAUGAGAUCGAGAAGAUGGUUCAAGAGGCAGAGAAGUACAAGUCUGAGGACGAGGAGCACAAGAAGAAGGUUGAAGCCAAGAAUGCUCUUGAGAACUACGCUUACAACAUGCGGAACACCAUCCGUGAUGAGAAGAUCAGUGAGAAGCUUCCAGCUGCAGACAAGAAGAAGAUUGAGGACUCGAUUGACGAAGCAAUCCAAUGGCUUGAUGGUAACCAAUUGGCUGAAGCUGACGAGUUUGAAGACAAGAUGAAGCAGCUGGAGGGUGUUUGUAAUCCGAUCAUCGCCAAGAUGUACCAAGGAGCUGGUGGUGAAGCCGGUGGUCCAGGUCCCCAUGGUAUGGACGAAGCUGCUCCUCCUGCUCCAGGCGGUGCUGGCCCUAAGAUCGAGGAGGUCGACUAAUCUGUUGGAUCUUGACAUGUCUCUCUCUUUCUGUCUAUCUUUACUUUUGAUC